AUUUCCGACUGAGGAUAUGAAGCGUGCCUUCAAGGAUUGAAUCAAUGUGACAGCUAUUUGGAACCCCAUUUGAGCCCCACCUAUAUGAUUGAUACUGGGUGUGGAAAUCCUUAGGAAUUUCUUUUUCAUCAGAUGUUGAUGAUUGUGUGGAAAAACAGUGUGAGGAUUGUGAGCUUGACUGGGAGUGUGACUGACCUUGAGAGGAACCUUGGGAGUUCUGGCUAUCAGCACUUGAAUCAAUAUUUUCAAGAUAAAAGAGCCAUGACCCAAGGGGUUCCUUUCAAAGAUGUAAUAAGUGCAAAUAUUACAUCAGAGGAUUCAAAUUGGGAAGGUUCCAUUUCUAGAGAACAAGAGUGUUGGUGUAAACUCUCCAAUAUACCUAAUUUUGACUUUAAAUGGUACGAGGAGGAGUCAGUCAUUUUUGGGAUACCUAUAGGCAGCAAAGUAAGAAAAGUAAAGUGGCAAAGACUUUACCUGGUGAAAUGGGUGAGGUGUCUGAGGAAGGUUGAAGUGCUGAAAAUGAAUUCAAAUUAUAUAGGCCUCUAUAUAAAAUGUAUUGAAAGAUAAGUUGAGUUUAUUUAUUGCAAAUUACACAAUACAAAUACUGUCUAUACAGCUAUACACACAAUACGCACAAUGCACUGUAUAAUUAGAAUUAGGGGCCUAUAGCCUACUAAUACAAGUAUUUCCAGAUGCCGCUAGGCUGAAAACAAAGUAUUAUGACAAAAACUAUACCUGAUGAAAUGAGUGGCCUAGUGGUGGAAUGGAUGAACUGGUGGAUAAGCUGGUGAAAUGGGUGUCUAUUGAAGAUGAAAAGCUGAAAAUAAACAUGAAUUGUAUAUUAUUCAUUGUAUUGAAAUAGAAAAACAGUGGAGUUGAUUUAUUGUAUUUUUGAAUACAUAUACAUGUAUACUGAUACAUAUACUUGCAGAUACAGCAAGGCUGACAAAA